AUGGCUGGUAAGGGAGAAGGUCCAGCGAUCGGAAUCGAUCUUGGUACUACGUACUCUUGUGUUGGAGUAUGGCAACACGACCGUGUUGAGAUCAUUGCUAAUGAUCAAGGUAACAGAACCACACCUUCGUACGUUGCUUUCACCGACUCUGAGCGGUUGAUCGGUGAUGCUGCUAAGAAUCAAGUUGCCAUGAACCCUGUUAACACCGUUUUCGACGCAAAGAGGUUGAUUGGUCGUAGAUUCAGUGAUGCAUCUGUCCAAAGCGACAUGAAGUUUUGGCCCUUCAAGGUAACCCCUGGACAAGCAGACAAACCAAUGAUUUUCGUAAACUACAAAGGAGAAGAGAAACAAUUCGCUGCGGAAGAAAUCUCUUCAAUGGUUCUCAUUAAGAUGCGUGAGAUCGCUGAAGCUUACCUUGGUUCUUCGAUCAAGAACGCUGUGGUCACUGUUCCUGCAUACUUCAAUGAUUCUCAACGUCAGGCUACAAAGGACGCUGGUGUGAUUGCUGGUUUGAAUGUUUUGCGUAUCAUCAAUGAGCCGACGGCUGCUGCUAUUGCUUAUGGUCUUGACAAGAAGGCAACAAGUGUUGGAAUCAAGAACGUGUUGAUCUUUGAUCUUGGUGGUGGUACUUUUGAUGUUUCUCUUCUUACCAUUGAAGAAGGUAUCUUCGAGGUCAAGGCAACUGCUGGUGACACUCAUCUUGGUGGCGAAGAUUUCGACAACAGAAUGGUUAACCAUUUUGUUCAAGAGUUUAAGAGGAAGAACAAGAAGGAUAUCAGCGGUGACGCAAGAGCUCUAAGGAGAUUGAGAACUGCCUGCGAGAGAGCAAAGAGAACUCUUUCUUCAACCGCGCAAACGACUGUUGAGGUUGACUCUUUGUUUGAGGGAAUUGAUUUCUAUUCUCCAAUCACUCGUGCAAAAUUUGAAGAGAUGAACAUGGAUCUCUUUAGGAAGUGUAUGGAGCCUGUUAUGAAGUGUCUUCGUGACAGUAAGAUGGACAAAAGCAUGGUCCAUGAUGUUGUCCUUGUCGGUGGUUCUACCCGUAUCCCCAAAGUUCAACAGCUUUUACAAGAUUUCUUCAAUGGUAAAGAGCUAUGCAAGUCUAUUAACCCUGACGAGGCCGUUGCAUACGGUGCAGCUGUUCAGGCUGCGAUUCUAAGCGGUGAAGGGAACGAAAAGGUUCAAGAUCUUCUCUUGCUUGAUGUCACACCUCUCUCCCUUGGUAUUGAAACCAUUGGUGGUGUCAUGACCACUUUGAUCCAAAGAAACACAACAAUCCCAGCUAAGAAGGAACAGGAGUUCACCACUACUGUAGACAACCAGCCCGACGUGUUGAUCCAAGUCUACGAAGGUGAGAGAGCUAGAACCAUAGACAACAACAUCCUUGGUCAAUUCGUGCUUUCUGGAAUCCCUCCUGCUCCACGAGGUAUCCCUCAGUUUACUGUCUGCUUUGACAUUGACUCCAAUGGUAUCCUCAAUGUCUCUGCUGAGGACAAGGCCACUGGAAAAAAGAACAAGAUCACAAUAACUAAUGACAAAGGUCGUCUGUCCAAAGACGAUAUUGAGAAGAUGGUGCAAGAAGCUGAGAAGUACAAGUCUGAGGAUGAGGAACACAAGAAGAAGGUGGAAGCCAAGAAUGGUCUUGAGAACUACGCUUACAACGUGGGGAACACACUCCGUGACAUGGGUGAGAAGCUUCCAGCUGCAGACAAGAAGAAGUUUGAAGACUCUAUUGAGGAGGUAAUCCAAUGGCUUGACGAUAACCAAUUGGCUGAGGCUGACGAGUUUGAACACAAGAUGAAGGAGUUGGAGAGUGUCUGGAGUACCAUCAUCACUAAGAUGUAUCAAGGAUGA